AUGGCAACCAACGAUGAAGGUAACCAGGACAGUGAUGAGUCCGUCAAGGAGAGAAGCAGCCCAGCCUCCACCACCUAUAAUCCCCCAGAUGUACCCGAAUCCCACUCAAGGGACCAUUCUGACGAAGCUGCAUUGCUGCGGAAUAUCACGGCCGACAUCAGGGAUCAAGAUGACUUGGAGCGUGACAUCACCACACAAGCCAACGCUGCUUUGAUUGAAGCAGAAGACAAGAAAGACAAGCAGCGCAUCGAAAAACUAGAGGCCAGCAAAGAGAAACUCGAAGCCAAGCGGAUCGAGCAGCAUAAGAAGCUGGAAGGAGCCCGUCGUAACCCGUAUCAGUCACGAAAUUUUCAAAAGGAAAUUGAUAAGCUCGAUCUCGAGAUCAAUCGCAUCAUCAACGACAUAUCCGACUGCCAGGCCCGCAUCGAUAAGAGGCAAGAGGAGGUUUCAGUCAAUGAAAACCCGGCCAAGAGCAAGUCCCAGAGACUACCUGGCGAGUCGAAUCGAGAGUUCCUCGUCCGAACCGGAAAGAUCACCCCUUUCUCCAACAUUGGAGGCGAGCGACCCGCUGGUUUUGAAGGCAAACUCGCAGAAGUUCUCAUUGAAGCCGAGGAAGAUGCAGCAGCCGAGGAGCUCCGCAGCGACGACGAGGAACCCAAGUCCCACCAAGUGCUGCGAAUGCCUGGGUUCGAAGAGCAACCCCAAACAGCGCCGAACUCUGUCGCGGGUGAGUUCUCUCUUCGACCAAGAAAGAAGCGCAGGACGGAGAACGACGCGUCCUCGGACGAUUUCGAUCCGACGGCUGCCAGCUCGCCAGAAAGCCAGUAUGCCUCUGACACCAGUGAGGAAGAAGCAACUGGCCGCAAGCGAAAGAAGGGCAAGACAAAGAAGAAGGCUGCAGACGCCACAGUCACUGUCAAUGGAGCAAAAAUCGAUCUAAGCAGUGUUGACGAUGGGAAUGAGGCCGUCUACCAAGCACGCCUUGCCGACUGGGUCCGAAGACGCAGGAGAGCACGCCAACAGAAGAAAGGACAUGAUGAGCCUCCUGCGGUGGAGGAUAACGGCGAAGAAGAAUGGUUCAAGCCAUCGCCCGACCAUCCAGAUUAUGAGUUUGGCGACAAUCUCAAACUGAAGCUUCCAGGAGACAUCCAUCCAUCUCUGUUUGCUUAUCAGAAAACUGGUGUUAAUUGGCUUGCAGAGCUCUAUGAACAGGGCGUGGGCGGCAUCAUCGGGGACGAAAUGGGUCUGGGAAAGACAGUGCAAGCGAUUGCCUUUGUUGCGGCGUUACAUUACAGCAAAAUACUCGACAAGCCCGUCAUUGUUGUCGUCCCAGCCACUGUGAUGCAACAGUGGGUCAAUGAAUUCCACCGGUGGUGGCCCGCCUUGAGGGUGUCGAUUUUGCAUUCGUCAGGUAGCGGUAUGAUAAACGUGAACGAGGAUGAUGAUGACGAACCUUAUAGCGGCAGUGGCAAGAACGGCCCCGCCGCGCGCCAGAUCAUCAAGCGUGUUGUCAAGCAUGGCCAUGUUCUGGUCACAACCUAUGCCGGCUUGCACUCUUACCAGGAUGAGCUUUUGUCCUACGAAUGGGGAUAUGCGGUUCUUGAUGAAGGUCACAAAAUUCGGAACCCGAACGCAGAUAUUACGAUUGCUUGCAAGAAGCUCAACACACCACAUCGCUUGAUUCUCUCAGGCACGCCAAUCCAGAACAACUUGGUCGAGCUUUGGUCACUGUUCGAUUUCAUCUAUCCCAUGAGAUUGGGCACGCUCGUCAGUUUUAGACAGCAGUUCGAGAUGCCCAUCCGAAUGGGUGGCCAUGCAAACGCUACCAAUCUGGCUGUUUUGACGGCUGAGAAGUGCGCAACGACCCUCAAGGAGGCCAUCAGCAAGUAUCUUCUUCAACGACUCAAGACCGACGUUGCAUCAGACCUUCCAGAGAAGACGGAGCAGGUGCUGUUCUGCAAGCUGACUCCAGAGCAAAACGAAGAGUACGUCAGGUUCAUUCAUUCGGAUGCUGUCUCCCAGAUUAUGGCCAAGAAACGACAAGCAUUGUACGGCAUCGAUAUCCUACGGAAGAUUUGCAAUCAUCCGGACCUUGUCAAUGUUAGAAAGAAGGGCCAGCCGGGUUACGAUUGGGGAAACCCCAGAAGAUCUAGCAAGUUGCAGACAGUGGGCGAGCUCCUUCCGUUGUGGAAACGAUUUGGCCACAAGACGCUCCUGUUCUCCCAGACCAAGAUCAUGCUUGAUAUACUGCAAGAGUUUAUUGGUAAAAUGGAGGGGAUGAACUACCUUCGAAUGGAUGGCGAAGUGGCUGUGGAGAAGAGACAGGCCUUGAUUGAUCGGUUCAAUCACGACCCAUCGAUCCACGUCUUUCUUCUCACCACGAAGACGGGUGGUUUAGGUGUCAACCUGACUGGCGCAACUAGAAUUGUCAUAUACGACCCCGACUGGAACCCAUCUACAGACUUGCAAGCCCGAGAGAGAGCUUGGCGACUGGGCCAGACGAAACCGGUCGCAAUUUAUCGACUGAUGACAUCGGGCACCAUCGAGGAGAAAAUCUACCACCGUCAGAUCUUUAAGCAAUUCAUGACGAACAAGGUCCUAAAGGACCCGAAGCAGCGGGCCAACUUCGACCUGUCCGAUUUAUACGACCUCUUCAGCUUUGGCGAUAACAGUCAUAGCAUGGCGAGCGCUAACAGAAGCAAGGUGUUUGAGGGGGCUGAGGUGAAAUACAACAAGCCGGAUGCUAAUGGCCAGCCGGAGAAGCCCUCCAAGAACGUGGUACCCAUAUCCUCCAUCAAGGCCGAAGACGAAAUUGACACAGUUCGCAAGCUCGCUGGUGUCGCUGCGGUGGAAGAGUUCACGGAGGAUAAGACGCUUGAAGACGAGAAACGCAUCACCGAGAGUCUCUUUUCCCGGACGGUCGAGAGCGCGUAUGAGCAUGACCAAAUCAUGAAUGGUAAACAAAGGGUACAAGCGGAUCCGGCGAUGAACCAGAGAGAAGCGCGCAGGUUUGCUGCACAGGCAGAAGCUGCUCUACGGCGGGCAGGCGAGGUGGCACGCCACACGCCCAUCGGCACUGUCACCUGGACGGGCGAGGUUGGCGAAGCCGGUCGUCCCGUUGCACAGCAUCGACGUGGUGGACUGAAUUCUUCGAGCGUCAUGUCUGCAUUGGCCAAUCGUCAGGGACUUAGUGCGCCGACCAGUAGCACAAGUUCACGAUCGGGCACCCCAGGUGCCGAGAAGAAUCUCAUGGAGAAGGAUUUUGUUCCUCUCAUCCAGACCUUUAUCAGACGACAUGGGGGCAAGGCGCCUUCCAAGAUGGUAGUGGAUCACUUCAACCCCUACUGCCAGAAACCGAAGCAAAUCUUGGAGUUUAAGAGUGCCCUGGCUACUGUGGCCGUACUGAGUAAGCCCGGCGGCACAGGCAGGGGCAUGUGGACUUUGAGGCCUGCAUAUAAGUAG